AAAAAACUGAUGGAGAAGCCUAAGUAAGAGAAGUUUCGAAGGAGGAUCCUUUUUUAUAUACCUUCUCACUACUACUCAAGUCAAAUAAUAUUUUUUUCCUGUGAUAGCAGUAGUACCACACAGUCAAUUCAUGGCAAGUAUAGAUUUACUGUUUUCAAGAACCAGCAUCGGAAAGCUGUGAAUUUCCUGGUAAAUCCAACUCAGGAUUUUUUUAUUACUGUGAUAAAUAAUACUACACUACUGUCUCAUAAACUCUCUUCUACCAUUCAUUCUCACUUCACAACCAUUCCCCUUCCCUCGUACCACAACCCUCCUCAUUUAAUUUUUAGGAAAUGUAUUAUUAUGAAGUGACUUUUAUUCCUUACUUUGAUUCCGCCAUGCUUUCUUUAAUAUUAUCUUCUUUGUCCAUUGCCACUUAUGUCCACCAAAUUCCGCAAAAAGUUUCAGAAGAUUUUGAAGACUGGAUUCAAAUUCUAAGGCUCCCUCUUUCACACUUGUUCUGAAUUUCAGGCUUUCUAAUUAAUUCAAACUUUUUCCGUUUCACAACCGAUUCCUUUAAAUUACCAUUCAGAGGAAUAACGGUUUUGGUUCGGGAUUUCAUCAGCAUCACCGCCCCGAACCGUUAUCUUUUAACAUCUCUACCGAACACUUGUCGCAAGAGCUCUUUAUUGCAACCAUAGUUUAUCAGAGGAUUUCUAGUGCUUUUGUGUUUUUGUUGGAAGAUGGCUAAACUUGCAGUUCCACCUUUGCUUUCUCUGAGGCACUUCCUGGUGCUAUCAAUUGCUUUGAAUGUGAGUUUGAUUCUGAGGACUGUGUAUUAUGAGAGUGAAAAAGGAAGCAAAGGGUUUUGUUUGAACAAAAAAAUGAUGGCAGAUGCAGAUUCUGAUAGAGAGGGGCAUCUUAUCCACAAAUCACGUUUGGCCAUGUCCUCUACUUCGUCUCUCGUUAAUUCUACUCGUGCAGAUCAUCCAGGAGGAAGGGAAACAGUGAUCAACUUGGACCAUGGAGACCCAACAAUAUAUGAAAGAUUUUGGAGACAAGUGGGUGACAAGACCACAAUCAUAAUUCCAGGAUGGCAAUCCUUGAGUUAUUUUUCUGAUGGCUCAAACAUUUGCUGGUUUUUAGAGACCGAAUUUGCAAGGGAAGUAGUGAGGUUACACAAAGUGGUGGGUAACGCUGUGACAGAAGGUCGCCAUAUUGUUGUUGGGACAGGUUCCUCUCAGCUAAUUCUGGCUGCCCUUUAUGCUCUGUCCUCGCCUGAUGCUGCUGAACCAAUCAGCGUGGUAUCUGCCGCACCCUAUUAUUCGUCUUACCCAUCAAUGGCAGAUUACCAGAAAUCAGGACUUUAUAAAUGGGCUGGUGAUGCAGAGAAUUUUGACAAAGAGGGUCCUUAUAUUGAGCUUGUUACUUCUCCCAAUAACCCUGAUGGACAUAGAAGGAAAGCAAUGGUCAACCGAAGCCAGGGACAAUUCAUUCAUGACCUUGCCUAUUAUUGGCCUCAAUACACUCCAAUAUCAUCCCCUUCAGAUCAUGAUCUCACUCUUUUCACUGUCUCAAAAACCACUGGUCAUGCAGGAAUGCGCAUAGGGUGGGCUAUUGUCAAAGAUAAAGAGGUAGCAAAGAAAAUGACUAAAUUCAUAGAGAUAAGUACAAUCGGUGUCUCGAAGGAUUCUCAACUCAGAGCUGCCAAGGUUUUAAAGGCAGUGUCAGACAGCUGCGAACAAGAAAACUCCCAAGAUGGGGAAUCAUUUUUCACGCACAGCUAUAACAUAAUGGCCCAAAGAUGGAAGCAACUGAGAGCAGUAGUUGAGGCCGGUGAUUUGUUCACUUUGCCACAAUUUUCUCCUGCAUUCUGCACCUUCUUUGGUCAGGAGACGGAGCCUCAACCAGCUUUCAUAUGGUUGAAGUGUGAAGGAGAUAUAGAGGACUGCGAAAACUUGCUUCGAGAACACAAAAUUGUAGCAAGAAGUGGGAGACACUUUGGGGCUAGCCCAAAAUACGUAAGAAUUAGCAUGCUGGAUACUGAUGAAACUUUUAUACAGUUAAUAGAUAGACUAUCAGCCAUACAACAAGGAAAAUGAAAAAUUUAUCCCUGAUGUAUAUGUAUAACAAAUAAAAGGUCAUAGUUCAUAUAUAAUAUUCGGCCGUGCAAUAUUCUCUGAUCCAUUCAUAUAUAAGAAUAUUGUUUUCUCCUUAA